GUGUGGAAUUCAUUUCCUGUUCUGCAGCUCUCUCAGAGUUUGUUAAAGCGGAGGACGCUCGAGUCUGAAAACAUGAAGCAGUGAAGGAGAAGGAGCGCCGACUCCUCUGUUCUCCUGCUGGAUUACUCUCUCCGUUCUCCUCCCCAGGACCUCCAGGCAGGCAGGCAGGCAGGCAGGCAGGCAGGGAGGGGAGGGGGUCCACCAUGGCCGAGCCCCUGCUGAAGAGAACCUUCUCCCGGCUGCGAGGCAAAGACAGAACCCGCAGGAAAACUGAGCCCAAACUGAGCGAUGUUCCAGUCAAGUCUGACACCGUCCUCCAGACUUCUUCAUCACCAUCAUCACCAUCAACGAGAAUGCCAGCAGCCGCCGACCCUGAACCCUCCUCACCCCCCCGCAACCACAUCACAGUAGCUAAGAAACAGCAGUGGGCUCGGCAGGGCUCUGUGGCCCCAACCGCCACCCUGCCCUCAGGCCCCGCCCCCAGAAACUCUGACUGGGACAGAGCGUCAGGAAAAUCCCAGGAUGCACCUGGGCAAGCCUGGAGUCAGAGGCUGACACAGGACAAGACAGAGCAGCGGGGCGACAGGACAGGCAUCAGUCAUUCCUGGGAUAUGACCAGCACCUCUAGUGUUCCUGUUAGUUCCUCUUCGGUACUGCAGGAAGUCUCCCAGCCAGCAGGGGGCUCCAUUGACGCACCCACCAACUCCACCAGCACCAAGCUGUCCGGCCAGCGUGCCUACCUGCAGAGCCUGGACCGCAGCAGCCGAGCCUGGGUGCUGUCUUCGGCAAAGUCCCAGGCUUCAGACGAGGCCUGCAGGCUGCAGGAGGAGAGCAGCAGCAACAUCUGGUACAACCCGAUCCCUGAGGAGGAGGACGCAGCAGGGCCACGCAGGGAGGAGGAAGUGUGGAGGAGGAGGGACGACCGGGAGGAGGGAGGAUCUACCCGAGCAGAGCUGGGAGGGGUGUGGGUUGGGCCAACAGAAGGUCGGAGCAAUGACUGUCCACUGGAGGGCGCCAAUCCCAGUGUCAGUCACCAUACUGAUGACAUCACGGCAGAAAACACAGACUCCCCCCCCUCUGACUCUAGCCCCGCCUCCCAGAAGAAAGGGGGCGUAUCCGGCAGUGUGAUGGACAGGCUGAGGUCUCCAGGUACAGUGAGGAAACUCUCCCUAAAGAUGAAGAAACUUCCUGAGCUGCGACGCAAACUAAGCCUUCGCUCUUCGUCUCGUGCCAGUCGCCAAGGAAACGACGCCAGAGGGGGCGGGGAUGAGUCGACCAGUAAGAAUACAACAUCAUCAUCUGCGUUGUCCAACCAGAAUGUGAUCAGCAGAUAUCACCUUGAUAGCUCCACCCCUCCUGCCCGACCACUGCGACGGUCGUCGAGAGGACGCUCCGCCAGCAAAGGAGGUUAUCUCAGUGAUGGAGACUCCCCAGAGCUGCUGCCACGGCAACAGGCUCCUCCUCCUGCGACCUCCCAGGAAACAGGAUGUGAUGUCAGUUCAUUUCAGCUGUACGUCGGCUCCGACCCGCCGCGAUGCAGCCAACGGGUGACGGGGUUACUGACCGUCCAUCUGCUGGGCCUGGAGGAGAUGAAGACCAGCAGGUCUGAGGGCAGUAAGGAGGUCUUCCUGGCCAUCCAGAUUGACGGCGUCACCAGAGCGAGGACCGCCCUCCUGACCCUGCGAGGCCCCGCCCUCUCGUUAAACCACGCUUUCCACCUGGAGCUGGAGCGAGCGCGGCAGCUACGCAUUGUAGUGUUAACACCAGCCAAUCCACAGGCAGGGGGAGGGGCUAAACCUGAGACCGAUCAGAGUCAGACUUCAGGUCGUCCAACCAGAAACAGAGUCUGUUGUCUGGGUGGAGUCUCCAUCCCUCCUUUAUUUAAAGGGAGUCGCAGUCAGCAGCUCUGUGUGAAGUUGGAGCCCAGAGGUCUUCUUUACGUCAAACUGUUGCUACAGGAAAAGUGGGACACACAGCCCAGCACUGACACAUCGAUACCUGCUAAUGUGUUUGGGGUUGAACUGCACCACCUGGUGGAGAAAGAAGGAUCUGCAUCUCCAAUCCCUCUACUGAUCCAGAAAACUGUGGCAGAGAUAGAACGACGAGGACUGAAGGUGGUGGGUCUGUACAGACUGUGUGGUUCUGCUGCAGUGAAGAAGGAGCUCAGGGAUUGGUUUGAGAGGAACAGUUCAGCUGUCUGCCUCAGCGAGGACCUCUACCCCGACAUCAACGUCAUUACAGGUAUACUGAAGGACUACCUGCGAGAGCUUCCGUCUCCACUCAUCACCAGGACUCUGUACCAGGUUGUCAGGGAGGCCAUGACCUUACGACCCCCACCUGCGACCCCUGACCCUCAGCUGGCCCAGAGCACUGUGGAGCUGCUGUCCUGUCUGCCACCACCAGAGAGGGCCACUCUGUCUCUCCUGCUCGACCACCUCAGCCUGGUCGCGUCCCUCAGCUCGUCCAAUAGGAUGACGCACCAGAACCUCGCUGUCUGCUUCGGCCCGGUGCUCCUCACCCCGACCCAAGAGGCCUGGAGGGGGGGAGGAGGAGGAGGAGGAGGAGGGGGAGGAAGGGGAGGGAGAGGAGGAGGGAAGGGUUUCUGUCAUGGUGAAGAGAUAGCGAGCGCGGUGGAUUUCAAACGUCACAUUGAGGCGUUGCACUACCUGCUGCAGCUGUGGCCAGUGCCGACCCAUCGAGUCACGUCAGACGACCACAUUGACGUGUCCCCACCGCCCUCCCCCACCCUUACCCAUAACCCCCUGGGCCAGCAGCAGCAGCAGCAGCGGCGUCCUGUUCUGCGAUUGGCUCUGCCCCAGAACCCUGAGGAGGUGGUGGUGUCACGUCGCGGGCGAGGCGGUCUGGCCCGGCUGGAGAGUCCGCCGCCGAUUAACCGGUACGCUGGAGACUGGAGCAUCUGUGGACGAGAUCUUCUGUCUGGACAGGAGGCCGAUUAUGACGAGGUGGCAGGAAGCGAGAGUGACGGAGGCAGCGGGGAUGAAGAGGAGGAGGAGAAGAAGGAGGCGUGGUUGUCAGGAGGAGGAGGAGGAGGAGGUCUCUACAUGGACGACUUCAUGGAUUUUGAUGCUCCAUUUAACUGUCGACUCAGUCUGAAGGACUUCGACACUCUGAUCCACGACCUGGACCGAGAGCUGGCCAAACAGAUCAACAUCUGUCUGUAGAGGAGGAAGAGGAGGAAGAGGAGGAAGAGGAGGAAGAGGAACUACAGCCUGUGCCAAAAAUAAAAACAAAACCAGAUUAAUUUAUUUCUCUGAUCCAAAGGUAGACGUAGCUUCAGUGUUAAUAUGAAGGAGUGCUGAUGUGGCUUCGGAGGUUUUCAGUCUGAGGAGGAACUACAGGAGCAAAGUUGUCUUUGAUGUGUGGAUGCAGAUGUUGACUCUGUUCUCAGCUGAAGGAUGAGUUGACUGUCAGUUCCUCUCACAGCGUUGUUGAACCUCUGAAGUCUCUGAUGUGAACUUGUUCUGGGUAUCAGGGUAGGAUUGUGUUAAACGGGACCGUUUGCACUGUUGAAGCCAUAAUUUCACCUGGUGAAACUUUUAGUUGAUGUGAACAAAUUGCAGAAUGUGUCGCUCUGCUGCUUCAUCCAAUCAGAAUCUGUUCUGUCUCUGGCUGAAAUGUUUUUAUGCUUAUGCUCUGUCUACUUUUGAAUGUGACGUUUAGGUGACGCACAGAGUCCCAAACAGUCAAAGUGAGAAAAUAUAUCUGAACUACUUUUGUGUUCCCUCAAAGGAUUUAAACUUUUUUUUAUCAAAUCUCUGGCUUCCUCCAGAAAUGUGGGACAGAGUGAGUGCAGAAAAUAUCAUGAAGGAAUACAAAUGUAGUUAAGAAGAAAACAUUGUGUCUGUCUGAUGUGGGAAAAUUCAGAAGGACCACUGAAAAAAAACAAAAGCUGUGGAGGUCUUUAUAAGUGUUUCAGUGUUGCAAAAUGAUUUUGACUUUUGAAAUUGACUUUCUUUAAAAAUGUGUGAUUCCCAAAACACUUCAGGCAUUGAUAAUGGCCUCAUGCACAGCUCAGUGUUUUUCAAAUUCUGAAACUAUUUCUUCUUUAAAAACAUCUAUGAUUGUAUGUUAAAUAAAUGUCUGUAGUGAUGUUUCACUGCUCGGCGUUUUAAACUUGUAAACUUUUUCCAGAAAAACAAGAAGCUUGUAGCACUAAUCAAAAGCACUUAAAGAAGACAAAUCUAGGCUCUGAGCUGUUGAUAAACUCUUACAGAAGCAAUGGCACUAGAUAAGUGGUUGUGUUUAGAGUUUAUUCUGUUAUUGGUUAUAUUAAAGCCAUAUUCCUCAGGAAGGCACUGGUGUCAUCUUCUGACACAUUAUUAUUACAUAUUUUUAUCACCUCAAAACCCACAGAAGAGCACCCCUGCUGGUUUAUAGUGGUCCUCUGUUGGUCUCUUGUUGGUUUCUAUUGGUCCCCUGUUGGUUUCUGUUGGUUCCCUGUUGGUUUCUGUUGGUUCCCUGUUGGUUUCUGUUGGUUCCCUGUUGAUUUCUUUUGGUUUCCGUUGGUCCCCUGUUGGUUUCUGUUGGUUUCAGUUGGUUUCCUGUUGUUUUCUUUUGGUUUCUGUUGGUCCCCUGUUGGUUUCUGCUGGUUUCGGUUGGUUCCCUGUUGGUUUAUGUUGGUUUCUGUUGGUUCCCUGUUGGUUUAUGUUGGUUUCGGUUAGUUCCCUGUUGAUUUCUUUUGGUUUCUGUUGGUCCCCUGUUGGUUUCUGUUGGUUUCUGUUGGUCCCCUGUUGGUUUCUGUUGGUUCCCUGUUGGUUUCUGUUGGUCCCCUGUUGAUUUCUGUUGGUUCCCUGUUGGUUUCUGUUGGUUUCGGUUGGUUCUCUGUUGAUUUCUUUUGGUUUCUGUUGGUCCCGUUGGUUUCUGUUGGUUUCGGUUGGUUCCCUGUUGAUUUCUUUUGGUUUCUGUUCGUCCCCUGUUGGUUUCUGUUGGUUCCCUGUUGGUUUCUGUUGGUUCCCUGUUGAUUUCUUUUGGUUUCUGUUCGUCCCCUGUUGGUUUCUAUUGGUCCCCUGCUUGAUUCUGUUGGUUCCCUGUUAGUUUCUAUUGGUUCCCUGUUGGUUUCUGUUGGCUCCCUGUUGGUUUCUAUUGGUCCCCUGUUGGUUUCUCUUGGUUUCUGUUAGUUUCUGGUCUCUCUUGGUUGAGCAGCAGAGCGAUAUGAGCUGCAGUUGAUCAUCAGUAUUUUCACGGUACAAAGUUUCUAACUGUGAUUAGUUUGUGAAGCCACAGAAGGAAUACGAUGCCAUGCUCGAGAGCACUACGGCUCCAAACUGAGCACAAAGUUACCAAUGAUGUUCUUAUUUUAAUCUGUUUUCUGUUUGUUCUUGUUGUUAUUUGACAGUAUUACUUUGUUUUGCACAACUUCAUAAGCACUUAUGUUUUUUGAUAAUGACAAUGUUCUAUGCAGAUGAUGUAACCAAAGUGUUGAAGCACAGCAGCCUGUCUGUAUGUCUUAUUAACCUGACCAACAAUAAAACACAUUAUUAUUAUUA